CUAAAAGGAUCUUUCUACCACUGUUUGGGGUUUCAAGAAGAAGGCAUAUAAGAGCAGCUCCAUCACAGCGAUGGAUGGUGCGAAGGACAUUCAUCAUCAUUCUUCAUGGUGGAAUGUAUACGGCUGGUAUAUCACUUGCUUGUUUUGUAUCAAAGCUACAGACUCGUUGCGCCUGUUGUCAUUUAACACCGCUACUCCUUUUCACGUACGAUCUAAUACGCAUGAAUCAUCCAAGAUUCGGCAACACUCCGCAUACGCGAACAGUAUUCGACUUGAUGGUGCUGUUGGCAGGUAUCAAGGUUUACACAUGGGCAGCAUAUCAUACAUGUUAUGAUGAAGCGAAUUCCAGGGACGGCCAUAAUUCGCUAUAAACUCCUCGAUUUAGUAUACAAGAUAUCAAUUAUGGACCGAGAAUAAUGUAUACCAUUUC